AUGGGAGUGUCUGCUGGAGAUCCCACUCAAGUGGAGACCUUGGCAAACACCAUUGGAAAAAAUAAGCAACAGGGGAUUCCUGCUCUGAAGAGACAAGAGGAAGAAGAGAUGGAGCGUCUCCUCGGCCUCAGCAGGGAGAUGCUAGCGGCGGGAGCAGAGGCCGAGCCUCGGGAGGCGCUGGCGUCUGGGGAGGAGGAGAUGGUCCUCGCCGAAUAUGAGAGUGAUGAGGAGAAGGGAGGGAGCAGAGUGGACGAGGAUGAGGAUGACCCAGAGGAAGAACAUGUAACUAAGGUAAGACAUUGUUCGGACGCACACUCCCAGCUGGCUCGGUUUGUGCACGAGGUAUGGAGGAGCCCCUUUGGCAAGGACACCCGGCUCGUCUCCCUCGGCUCUCGGCAGAAUCUUUGUAUAAACGGUGAUGUGAAGACCCUGGGUUCUGCGCAGCUCAUCCAUGACCACUGCGUGGAGAUGCAGAGAAGCAAACACGAGAGGAUCAGAGCUGAGGAAGAGAAGCCCAAGAGGAGAAGGCAGGAGCACUGGGCCGCAUGCCCCUUCUAUGGCUACAAGCAGCUGCAGCUCCUCCGAGACCAGGUCCUGGUGGGGGUGAAGGACACUGUGCAGUUGGUGGCCCUGGGGAAGGAGACUCAGGCCUAUCCCUAUUAAGGGAGCCGGUUUGCCAUUCCAGCAGCCCAGAUAAAGACCUUGGAGGGUUGGACACUCGUGGUGCUGCCCUACCAGAUGCUGCUGCACGCGGCCACCCGCCAGGCUGUGGGCAUCUGGCUACAGGGCCAGGUGGUGCUCAUCGAUGAGGCACACAACCUGAUCGACACCAUCACGGGCAUCCACAGUGCAGAGGUCAGCGGUUCCCAGCUCCGCCAGGCCCAUUCCCAGUUGCUCCAGUAUAUGGAACGAUAUGGGAAGCGUCUGAAGGCCAAGAACUUGAUGUACAUCAGACAGAUCCUGUUGUUGGAGAAGUUUGUGACUGUGUUGGGUGGGAACACUAAGCAAAAUCCCAACACACAGAGCCUUUCACAGACAGGGACAGAGCUGAAGACCAUCAAUGACUUCUGCUUUGAGAGCCAGAUCGACAACAUCAACCUGUUCAAGGUGCGGCACUACUGGGAGAGGAGCAUGAUCAGCAGAAAGCUCUUCGGCUUCACAGAAAGGUAUGGCGCAGUCCUCACACCCUCCAGGGAGCAGCCCAGACUGGCUGGGUUCCAGCACUUGCAGACCCUGCAGCCCACAGUGGCCGAGACUCCUGUGAGCCCUGUGGAGGAGGGCGAGGCCAGGCUGCCACGGCCAGCUUCCCCGCUGAUGCACAUCGAAUCCUUCCUAGCAGCCGUCACCACUGCCAACCAGAAUGGCAGGGUCAUCCUGAGCCGCCAAGGUAAUCCCAAGGAGGAGCCGGCGUGGGCCGCCAAGCCAGAGAGAAAUGCAGAAUGUCCCGGGCCACCUUAUACUUUCUUUGCCCCAGAUCUGGAAUCCUUCAUUUCUCCAAGUAACCUGGCUUCCUUAUUUGGGGAUUGGUAUGUGGAAACCAGCAUCCGCGUGCCGGGGGUGUUGUGGCUGCGGCGACAGUGUUGUGGCGCACACGCCUUUCGGUGGCCGUUGCGGGCAUGUGUCCUGCCUGCCGGCCGGCGCUCCACCCUGCAAGGCUGUGGCGAGCACAUGCGCUGGGCCCUCCGGAAGGGCCGUUGUGCGCUCAGAGAUCCCAUGCAGGAGUAUCCCUGCGCAGGUGUUGGCUUGCGGAGCUGGCCCCUUGCCUGCUCAGGCCUGCGGUCCCCGGCCCUCUCGGGGAUCACGGAGCCCUGCUGUUGUGGUCUGCAGGUGUCUGACUUCGGGGAGCAGCUGCGGGCCUGUGCUGGGGUGGAAGCUGAGCGAGUGGGGUUUUCCUGUGGGGAGAAUCCCUGUCAUGUGAUCCCACCAGACAAUACCUUGCCCCUGGUCAUCUGCAGCGGCCCCUCCAGCCAGCAGCUGGAGUUCACAUACCAGAAGAGAGAGCUGCCGCAGAUGAUGGAGGAGACUGGUCGCAUUCUCUGUAACCUGUGCACUGUGGUCCCUGGAGGGAUGGUCUGUUUCUUCCCCUCCAAUGAGUACCAACGCCAGGUCUAUGCCCACUGGGAUAAGAGUGGGCUGCUGGCCCGCCUGCCUGUCAGGAAAAAGAUAUUUCAGGAACCCAAGAAAGCAAACCAGGUGGAACAGGUGCUGGCGGAGUAUUCCAGGUGCAUUCAGUGUUGUGGCCAGGCGGGAGGCACGGUGACAGGUGCUCUGCUCCUCUCUGUGGUUGGAGGAAAGAUGAGGGAAGGUAUUAACUUCUCUGACAACCUUGGCCGGUGUGUGGUUAUGAUAGGCAUGCCCUACCCAAACAUCAGGUCACCAGAGCUGCAGGAGAGGAUGGCCUACCUGGGCCAGACCCUGGGGAGUACCUCCAGUAGGCCCAGGUCAGCCCCACCAGGCAAGGCUUUGGUGGAGAAUCUGUGUAUGAAGGCUGUCAACCAAUCUAUAGGCAGGGCCAUCAGGCACCAGAAGGAUUUUGCCAGCAUAGUGCUUCUGGAUCAGUGGUAAGCCCGCCCACCUAUCCUGGGAAAGCUGCCAGCCUGGAUCCGAGACUGUGUAGAGGUCAAAGCCACCUUUGGUCCUGCCUUUGCUGCUAUGAGGAAGUUUCAUCGUGAGAAGACUGCCCAGAUGCCAGCCUUUUCCUUCCAGCUGCUCACGUGA